CUAUUUUUACACAGGUAUCCCCAUUGUUACAUAUUGGUUUGAUCCAAGUGUUCUAUGACAAUAUAACCGUAGAAACAACAGUACAGUUUAGUUCCACAACAUUCGGGUUAAAAACUAAGUAGUCGACGUCAUGUUGUCUAAAUUUAUAAUAUGUUUCCCGAAGACAAAAAUAAAACAGCAAAUUAUGUGCUGAAUUUAAUCGCUUAUAGCGGAUCAAUUAAAAGUUAGACUUGUCUGGGAACCCAGAAGUCCAAUGCAGUGGAGCGGAAGUACCAUAAACAAAGAGGGACCAGACCGUAGAUUUGUAGCAAUGGCGGCGUCUGACAGCAAUGUGGAAUUAAAACGAAAAGUUGAUGACGACCAGGAUGGAGAUGGAGAUGGAGAAGGGGUCGACUGGGUUGGACCCAUGCCAAGCGAAGCCACAAAGGCAAAGAAACGAAAAGUCCUUGAAUUUGAGCGUGUUUACUUGGAUAACCUUCCAUCAGCUGCCAUGUAUGAACGGAGCUACAUGCAUAGAGACGUCAUCACGCACAUAGUUUGUUCCAAGACAGAUUUCAUCAUCACCGCCAGCCAGGAUGGUCAUGUCAAGUUCUGGAAGAAGAAGGAGGACGAGGGAAUAGAGUUUGUGAAACACUUUCGAAGUCAUCUUGGUGUGAUUGAAAGCAUCGGCGUCAGCGCGGAAGGAGCUCUUCUCUGCUCGGUCGGUGACGAUCAGGCCAUGAAAGUGUUUGAUGUGGUCAACUUUGACAUGAUCAAUAUGCUGAAGUUGGGCUUUCAGCCAGGCCAGAGUGAGUGGAUCUAUAACCCCGGGGAUGCCAUUUGCACCGUGGCUUGUUCGGAAAAAUCCACAGGAAAGAUCUUUGUGUAUGAUGGAAGAGGAAGCAACGAGCCCCUUCACAUUUUUGACAAAAUGCACUCUUCACCGCUGUCCCAAAUUCGCCUGAAUCCCAAAUAUAGAGUCAUUGUGUCUGCAGACAAAGCAGGAAUGCUGGAAUACUGGACAGGCCUUCCAAAUGAAUUCAGGUUCCCAAAGCAUGUGGAAUGGGAAUACAAAACGGACACCGACUUGUAUGAAUUUGCGAAACAUAAAACCUACCCCACCAGCCUCGCCUUCUCCUCCGACGGGAAGAAAAUGGCCACCAUAGCUUCUGAUAGGAAAGUGAGGAUCUUCCGCUUCCUCACAGGAAAACUGAUGCGAGUGUUUGACGAGUCACUAACGAUGUUCACAGAGCUGCAGCAGAUGAGGCAGCAGCUGCCCGACAUGGAGUUUGGGAGGAGGAUGGCUGUGGAGAGAGAACUGGAGAAGGUGGACGGGAUCAGACUCACCAACAUCAUCUUCGAUGAGACCGGCCACUUUGUUCUGUACGGGACCAUGCUGGGCAUCAAAGUCAUCAAUGUGGAAACCAACAGGUGUGUGCGGAUCUUCGGGAAGCUGGAGAACAUCCGCGUGGUUCAGCUGUGUCUGUUCCAGGGCAUCGCCAAGGCCAUGGCGGUGGCUCCCACCAUAGAGAUGAAGGCCUCGGACAACCCCGCCUUACAGAGCGAGGAGCCGGACCCCACCAUCUUCUGCACCGCCUUCAAGAAGAACCGCUUCUACAUGUUCACGAAGAGGGAACCCGAGGACACGAAGAGCGCCGACUCGGACAGAGACAUCUUCAACGAGAAGCCUUCAAAGGAGGAGGUGAUGGCUGCGACUCAGGCCGAGGGCCCCAAGAGAGUGUCUGACAGCGCCAUCAUCCACACCACCAUGGGAGACAUCCACAUCAAGCUGUUCCCCGUGGAAUGCCCCAAAACGGUGGAGAACUUCUGCGUUCACAGCAGGAACGGCUACUACAACGGCCACAUCUUCCACAGAGUCAUAAAGGGCUUCAUGAUCCAGACGGGAGACCCCACAGGCACCGGCAUGGGGGGAGAGAGCAUCUGGGGGGGCGAGUUUGAGGACGAGUUCCACGCCACUCUGAGACACGACCGCCCCUACACGCUGAGCAUGGCCAACGGCGGCCCCUCCACCAACGGGUCCCAGUUCUUUGUCACCGUGGUUCCCACCCCUUGGCUCGAUAACAAGCACACGGUGUUUGGAAGGUGCACGAAAGGCAUGGAGGCGGUCCAGCGCAUCUCCAACGCUAAAGUGAACCCGAAGACGGACAAACCGUACGAGGACAUCAGCAUCAUCAACAUCACCAUAAAGUGACGUCUGUGUACUUUAAUCAUUUAUUAAAGAAGCUUGUUGGUUUUCUAA